UUGUAUCUAGGAAGCUGUUGAGAGUUGCUUAGUUCAGUCUCAUGAAUAGAUUAAAAAGUGAAGAGACAGAGAGAACGAGAAAGAGAGCUAAUGAUUACUUCGCAAUAUAGAAGCUGCUUAGUCAAGAAAAAUAUUAAUAUUUUAAUGACGUUACUACACACGAAUGCGCAAAAACAAAUCAGAUUUAAAAAUGGUUCCGUUUCUAUCAAUGUUGUUGUUCUACCUUAGUAUCAUACUUUUUCUUUAUUAUACGUUCAGAAACAACAAACCAUUGAACUGGAAUAUAAUUUUAAAUGGUUUUACAUUUAAUUUUCGUCAAGACGAUGAAAUUCUUCGCAUUCCUGGACCAUUAAGAUUGCCAUUUGUUGGUACAAAAUGGACACAAUUAGUUAUAAAGAUGAAUAAAUUGCAUGAAUUUUAUGCAAAAAUGCAUGAAACUUAUGGUGAUAUAGUGUUGGAGAUGUCAGGAAAUAUUCCAGUGGUUUCACUUUAUAACAGACUUGACAUUGAAAAAGUUUUAAAAUUUCCUUCAAAACAUCCUUUUCGUCCAGAGACUGAAAUUAUAAGCUACUUUCGACGGAGUCAUCCGGAGAGAUAUCCGUCCACUGGACUUGUGAACAUGCAAGGUCACGAAUGGGCUCGUUUAAGAGCUUUGCUUGCAACAAAAACAAUCGAAAAUCGUAAAUGUCUGAAACGAUCAUGUCCAGAUCUUAACGAAAUGUGUGAUGAUUUUAUAGCUGAUAUGCGACGUAAGAGAAACGAUGCCAAUGUCAUUUAUGAUGUACAUGAUUCUAUCAAGACGUUGUCAGUUGAUGCGACGUUUUCUUUAAUCCUUGGAAAGCGACUUAAACAUUUCCAUAAUGGCAAAGAGAAGCUUGAAGAACUCAAAUUAUGUGUUAAUAAUAUUUUCAAAAGUUUUCGUGACUCAACUUUUGGUUUACAAUUGUGGAAAUAUUUUCCGACAAAACUUUAUAAAGAAUUUGGAAAAAAUGAAACACGAGUUUAUGAAAUUACUUCGGAAAUUAUCAGAGAAACAUUACAAAAAGAAGACAUUCGGAGACCUGAGACUGAGAAUGAUACAAUACUUGUAACGAUUCUUAAAGCCAAAGAAUUAGAGCAUGGUGACAAGAUUUGUGGGGUUGUAGAUUUUCUCUCUGCUGGUGUUGAUGUUUUCGCACACACAGUUUGCUUUCUUCUACAUCAUUUAAGUGAUAAACCUGAAGUUCAGGAGAGGAUUUAUGAAGAAGUUAUGAACAUGGACGAUGAUCCAACGCAUGAAGACUUCAGCAGAUUUCAUUACACUCGUGCAGCGAUACAUGAAAGUUAUCGAUUAACUCCAGUCGCUCAUGCUUUAGCGAGAGUCAUUGAAGAGAAUACUUCAUGUUCAGGAUAUUUAUUGAAACCGGGAACUGUUGUGCUUUGUCAAACUAUGGUUGCAAGUUCAAAGGAAGACAAUUUCGAAGAUUCAUUAUCAUACAAACCUGAACGAUGGCUACAAGAGAACGGCGAAUUUGAUCCAAAUAUUACUCCAGGCUCGAUUGUUGUAAGUCCGUUUGGUACUGGAAGAAGAAUUUGUCCAGGGAAAAAGUUUGUUGAUCUUUUACUAAUAAUUUUCCUUACAAAACUUGUAAAAGCAUUUCGAAUCAGCUAUCUUAGUGAAUUUGAUCGCGAGUUUGAAUAUUUAGUAGCACCAAAACGCCCAGUAAAUAUUCAAUUUCAUGAUCGAGACUGAAACUGUUUAAAACGAUAAUUUUUCAUUUUAACAAUAAACAUUUAUUUUAUGUAAUACGGC